GUUAGGAGACGAAACAACCCUAAAGUUCUUUGAAAGAAUCGUCAACUGCUUCAACAAACAACCUUCAUUUGCGGGGCAGAUAAAGUGAAAUCUAUAAAGUUACGUUCAUUAUUGGGGACAAGCGGAGUAAUAACAUAUUAAGCGCUGCUCGCCUAUCAACCAAGCGCAAAGGGGCCUUGUCGUUUAUAUAACCGCCCUAGAGAUGCACCGAAGCUACUUUCCCCGGAAUAAUUGCAGACCGAAUCCAAGCCUCAAGCUCCAAAAAUUCCAUGUCCAGGCCGCUGCUCCAAUGCGUCUCGUGAGGACUGCUGCGCUGUCCCGGCUACGCCUGCGGCCUCUGCGAAAUGUCACCCAUACCAACGUGCAAUGGCCGGCAUUAAUAUCGCGAAGGCAAUGCGCCAGCUGCGCCGACACGGCCGCAUCACCGGUCACGCCUUCGUUGGAUAAAACAACCCAGACUCCACCUAUACCUCCGGCAGACCAUCGUGCAAUCGCAAUUGAUCAAGAUCUCUUCGUCACGUCUGCGCUGAGUCCCGGAUCACCGCUUUUCCUCCCAAAUGGCGCUCACGUUUUCAACAAGCUGCUCUCCUUUCUGAGGGCCCAGUACAAGCAGUUUGGUUUCCAGGAAGUCAUCACGCCGACCAUAUACAAGCGUUCAUUAUGGGAACAGUCCGGCCAUUGGGAAAAUUACAAGGAUGACAUGUUCGAGGUCAGCGGACGGGGCGCGUCCGGACAAGCCAAGGAUGCCGAAAUCGGCGAAGAUGAAGAAUACGGUCUCAAGCCCAUGAAUUGUCCCGGCCACUGCUUGCUGUUCAAAUCACAAAGGAAAACAUAUCGAGAGUUGCCAGUCCGCUACGCCGACUUUAGCCCCCUGCACCGAAACGAAAUCUCGGGCGCGCUGAGCGGCUUGACAAGAGUACGGAGGUUCCAUCAGGACGACGCCCACAUCUUCUGCCGGCCGUCGCAAAUAUCCGAGGAAAUCUCCAAGACGCUGGAGUUCGUGGCUGUCGUAUACAAGACUUUUAACCUUGGCCCGUUCAAGCUAUGCCUCUCUACGCGGCCAGAAGACCACUACAUUGGCACAGUCGAGGAUUGGGAGCGUGCCGAGGAGCAGCUCAAGGAGGCUUUGGACCGCAGUGGCCGGGAGUGGUCGGUCAAUGAAGGGGACGGUGCAUUCUAUGGUCCAAAGAUUGAUAUCAUUCUCAAAGACUCGGAUGGAAAGGAGCACCAGACUGCAACGAUUCAGCUCGAUAUGCAGCUUCCGCAGAGAUUCCAGCUGGAGUAUCAAGCUCCGGCUCCCGAGCUGGAGCAAAAGGGCAUACUCACUACGGACAAGUCGCUGCUCGAGCAGAGUGGACCAGUCACACCGGUCAUCAUCCACCGAGCCAUUUUUGGCUCCUUGGAGCGUUUCAUGGCGCUGUUGAUUGAGCAUUACAAUGGGCGGUGGCCCUUCUGGCUGAGCCCGCGCCAGGCCAUCAUCCUGACGGUUGGCAAGGGGAAUGGUGUCGACGAGUACGCCGAAGAGGCACAGAGGAUCACAUCUGGCAUUGGGCCCUCUUUGCCAGAAGGCAAAGUUGCGCCGCUUCCCAUGGAUACAGCCCAGUUCCUCGUCGAUAUCGACCAGAGCGAUCGUCCCCUGGGCAAGAAGAUUUCCGAAGCCAAGCGCAAAAAGUAUAAUACAAUCAUUGUCGUCGGCAAGCGCAGCGUCGAGGAGAACACGCUUGAGCUGGACGUCACAGCGCAACCUAAUCAGCAAGUGACGCAGUCCGCUCUUGCUGACAUUCUCGGGUCAGAGAAUGCUAUUGGUAACGGCCGGUCCGUGAAGCUGUCUCGUGACCAAGUGUAUGAUUAUUUUUCGCGCGUGUCGAGCGCCUACGCGUAGAUUUCCAUGUAAUUUAUAUUAUUUAGAAUAUUGUCAAU